AUGUCGGCACAAGGAUUUGAUACAUGGACACUUGAGGUUCGAGGUGCUGGGUUGAGCACAUAUGCAGACAGUGUGGAAGAAGAUGAAGAGUGCCUCAAGAAAUUGUCUGAAACAGAUUCUGCAAAUGACGAUGGUAAAAGCAGUAAUUUUGAAAGAGCAUUGGGAUUUAAGAACCUUAGUGCUUCCUUUGAGGCAGAAUUUUCUCAAAUGAAAAGGAGAGGAUCAGAGGCUGAGGAACUAUGCCCAACAGCUAGGUUGGUGGAGAUUUUUACUAGGAUGUCUGAUAGCCUUGCAAGCAUACUUGGUCGGGAAGAGAGAAAGGAUUCUUUAUUUGUUAGUCAAAUCAAGGAUUUCAAUCGGAGACUUCAAACUAUGAUCGGAUGUCAGAACCGUUUUACUACAACAUUAGAAGAACUUCAGAAACAGAUUGAGUUGAUUGUCAAGUAUGAUUGGGACUUCGAUCAUUAUCUCGAAGAGGACAUACCUGCUGCGAUGGAGUAUAUAAAGGGUCAAUGCCAACCAAGGGAUGGAAAAUUGUUGGCAAUCGGUCACUCAAUGGGUGGUAUCUUGCUGUAUGCAAAGCUUUCGCGUUGUUGUUUUGAUAGAAAGGAUUCUGAGUUUGCAUCAGUUGUUACUUUGGCAUCAUCACUUGACUAUACACCUUCAAGAACUUCUCUUAAUUGGCUUUUACCUUUGGUAGAACCUAUUCAGGCUUUAAACGUUCCUGCUAUUCCAGUUGGACCACUGAUUGCUUCCGUGUACCCUCUUGCGAGAUAUCCUCCGUACGUUUUAUCUUUGCUAAAUUCUCAGACUUCUGCUCAAAAUAUGAUGGAUCAAAAGUUGUAUGAGAAACUUGUUUUAAACAACUUCGGUACUGUGCCUUCUAACCUUCUCUUGCAGUUGAAAACAGUUUUACAGAAAGGUGGUUUACGUGACAGGAGCGGUGCUUUCUUCUACAAGGAUCAUCUUAGCGAAAGUAAAGUUCCUGUUUUAGCAAUUGCCGGUGACAAGGACUUAAUCUGUCCCCCAGAAGCUGUAUACGAAACGGUGAAGCUUAUUCCUAAGGAUCUGGUUACAUACAAAGUCUUUGGGGAGUCUGGAGGUCCACACUAUGCCCACUAUGACUUAGUUGUUGGCCGAUCGGCAGCAGAUCAACUGUAUCCUUGUAUAAUUGAAUUCCUCAUUCAUCAUGACAAGGCUUAAUCCACUGCUCUUUCAAAAUACAAUUCUUCUAUACAUCUAGAAUAGGAGUAUAUAUAUAUAUAUAUAUAUAUAUAUAUAUGAAGAUCCUCAUAAAGGAUAUGUACACAUGUAACUGUAAAUAGAGUAUACAAGGUGACAGUUAUCUCAAGUACUCUGCAUAAAUCCUGUGAAGGUUGUACUAAAUAAUUCUGAAGUUGUAAAUAAGUUGUAAAGUUUGCAAACUAAGUUGAAGUGAAGUUGUAAUGAAAUUUGUUCUGUCAG